AUGACUAUUUCUAAGCAUAGUAAUGCCAGCAGCUUCUUUUUCAUAUUGAUGGAUCUUCCUGGACUGGAGGCUUCUCACUGUUGGACAGCAAUUCCCAUCUGCUUCAUUUACAUUCUUUCUGUGCUGGGAAACAUAACCAUAAUGCACAUUGUCAAGUCUGUGCCCAGCCUCCACACACCUAUGUACCUUUUUCUUUCCAUGCUGUCAAUGGCUGAUCUGGGCCUCUCAGCCUCCACACUGCCUUCAAUGGUAGCUGUUUUUCUCCUGGGCCAGAGAAUAAUAGGAGCUGCAGCCUGUUUUAUGCAACUCUUCUUCAUCCACACAUUUUCAGUCAUUGAGUCAGCAGUUCUCUUGGCCAUGGCUUUUGACCGCUGUGUGGCCAUCAGAGAGCCUUUGCGCUAUGCUACCAUCCUCACAACAAGACGUAUUGGAGCCAUUGGACUGGCCGUGGUGAUCCGCAGUGCUGCCCUUCAUCUGCCUCUGCCUGUGCUCCUGGGAAGGCUGACAUUCCAGCCUGUCAGUGCUCUGUCUCAUUCUUACUGUGUUCAUCCUGAUGUUCUAAGGUUGUCCUCUUCCAGUACGGUCAUCAACAGUGGCUUCGGGCUCUUUGUCAUGCUCUCUACACUGGGGAUGGAUGCUGUGCUGAUUCUCCUUUCCUAUGUGCUGAUUUUGAAGACAGUCUUGAGUAUUGCUUCUAAUGCUGAACGCUUGAAAGCCUUCAACACCUGCAUUUCCCACAUCUGUGCUGUUCUUCUAUUUUAUACUCCACUGGUGAGUCUAUCCAUGAUCCAUCGCUUUGGGAAAAAGAAGCUACCAGCUCAGGUAUAUAUGCUUCUCUCUUAUCUUCACUUUCUUAUGCCUCCAAUGCUCAACCCAAUUGUCUACAGUGUCAAAACCAAAGAGAUUCGGGUUCGCAUUCUAAAGAUGCUCCAUCCCAAGAAACAUUGAAAUUUCAUUGGACAGUUCCUCAAUUCUAGGUGAAGGAUCUCUGACU